UUACGGCCCCGCCAGGCCGCCACGAUGGCCUCCGUCUCCGCAAAGAACCAAGAAGACACCGAAGCCGACUCGCUGCGCGAGGACGCCGAGGAGGAGUCCAACGCCGCCGACUCCGCAGCCGCCGCUGCUACAGCGCCGCCUCCUCCCGCUCCGCCGUCCAAGAGCUUCCAAGAAGGGGCCAAUGGGUCACCGGAGGCCGGAGGCCGAGACCCCUCCCCCACCACGGCCGCGGCGGCCGAGCGGAAGGGCGAGGAGACCAUGUCCUCGGCGCCCACGGGCGGCAAGCCCUCUCUUCCUCCACGCCCGAUUUCCGUCUCGACAGCCAGGGGGCCGAGCUCCGCGAGCGGCAAGCCUCUCCCGCCACGCCCGACGUCUCGCGAGGAGGUGGUGGCGAGCGGCACGGCGGAGAAGGGCAAGGGCAAGACGAGCAAGGACAAGGACCAGAAAGCCGAGGCCGAGAAAGUACCGAGGAAACUCAAGGGCCAGGUGAAAUCGUGGCUCGAAAAGGUUCAAAACAAACAGAUAUGGAGAAAGGUUUUGCACAGGAUAAGGAACAAUCGAAAUCACACAAUAAUGAAUCCUCAUGUGAACUACCAGAAAGUACACAUGGCUGGGAUCAUUAGGCAUUACAGUCUCCUUGAAAGGGUCGCUGAGCAAGGGUUUCAUUCAAAUGUACUCGAACUUUGUCGUGCCUAUUCUGAAUUUAGGCCAGUGCUUGGAGAUGGUGAGUGUUUCUACAGGAGCUUCAUAUUUUCCUACCUUGAGCAAGUUCUUGAUAGGCAGGAUACACAUGAGGAGCACCGUAUUCUUGCUGCUGUUAAAGGGGUGGCUAGGCAACAUGCACGCCUUGGGUGGGCUUCUGAAUUUUCCAGUAGCCACAAAGCAUUUAAGAAGCUGAUAAAGAAAGUAAUGAGAUGGAAGACACACAGCAGAUGGAAGCAUGUACCAACAAUUAACAGCUACCGCACCGAGAAACUUCUUGAAUUCUUCAGUAGUUAUGACAAGACAAAUGACAUUUUUACUUUCCUCAGAUUGGUAGCAGCUAUCUGGAUAUGCUCGCACAGUGAAGAGUUUGAACCACUUAUACCUGAGCUCAAUGAAGGUUACACUCUAACCGAUUGGUGCUCUCGAGAAGUUAUCCAGCGUAAGGUCUUCACAGAUCAUAUUCAGAUAAUAGCAUUGGUAAGGGCACUUGGGGUGCCGCUGCGAGUGGAGUACCUCUUUCAAGAAGUUGGUCAAGACCUGUACACUGGGCAAACCUCUGAGGAUGAUAUCUCAAUCUGCAUAUGUUUACCAUGUCAUCAUCAUGUACUACCCCCUGCUCAUCAAGUUCCUCGUGUGACUGUGCUAUACUCAGAUCAACACUAUGAUGUGAUCUAUCCAUAUUGUGCUGAUGGUAAAGUGAUUUUAACUGAUGUGAGAUCUAGUCAGCAGUCUGACAAGAUAGAGUGCCCAACCGCCGCUAAGAGUCCAAGUCAACACCAGGGAAGUAGCUACAGUGAUGAGAAAUCAAGUCAACGAUUGACUGGAUAGAUCAGAACACCAAUGAUGAGGAAUCAAAUCACCAGUUACCACUUCCUGAUGAGCUAUUAUGGGAUAUCUUUCUUCAACUACCAGGAGCUGACAUCCAGCGCUGCUUGAGGGUAUGUAAGCAGUUCAGAAACCUGAUCAGACGUGAGUCUUUCCAAUAUCAUCAUGGUCAGGUAUGGUCCCCAAGGAUAUUGAUAUAUCACAAACCAGAUAGUGCAGUGCCAGAGCCCGAAGUGGUCACAUAUGAUGAGGUGCCACAAGUCAUAGAAGGUUUCAAUGUUACUACACGCGAGGUAUCCCCACUACUGCAGUUGACAUGUUUGAACUAUCCUUUUCUUCAUCCAUCAGGAAUUCAAAUACAUGGAUCAUGCGAUGGAAUGAUAUUGCUCUCUCUCGAGGAGGAAUUAUGUGUGUGGAACCCUUGGACUGGAUGGUGGGGGCACCUGGCCCCCAUCCACUUACAAAAUGUCAUCAUAGCAUUUUAUGCACAGUCGCAGAGUCCUCAGGAAAGUGCAAAGCAAUAUGUUAUCCUCUGUCGUGCGAGUGAUCAAGAUAGGCAUGUCAGUUAUUGGAUAAUCAGCCUUGGCAAAUAUGGUUGCAAUGCUGCAAGGGAAAUUGGCCGUCCAAUGAUUAUUGGGUCACCACUUCAGUUGGAUAAAAUCCUGCAAAGGCUCCCCUCUGCUUAUAGUGGACCACCCACAAUAAUAAAUGGGCUUCUGGUCUGGCUACUGCCUCCGCAGUUUCAAGUGAAUUAUCUUGUGACAUUCAAUAUAAUGGUCGAAGUCUUUGGAGUUAUUGACAUUCCAGACACAAAUGGUCUUCUUCCAUAUCAGUUGCUUGUAGUUGAGAACAGGAUUGCUAUAGCCUUCUUGAGCCAAGCCAUGGAUUCUAUUGAUGUGUGGGUACUCAAAGACGGAUGGGUUCCAGUACAUACUGUGGAUCUCCCUAUUACUGAAAUCCAGGCAAUGAGAGGCAUCAAACGUUUUGGAGAACCUAUCAUAUAUGUGGUGCUCGAAACAUUAGAUAUGCUCAUUUGGACUCCAGAGUUCUUUAUGGUUGUGGAUCCCAGUGGUUCGGUGCUGGAAUAUCACCAGCAUCAUCAGGAUUGGAUUCUACUUCCACCCCACAUACUAAAAGUAAGAUUUGAAGAGCAGUUCUUCGACCCUGAGGAUGCGGUGCCCUUCUUUUGGUUUCCUGAGGUUCCUGCUAGUGGCUUUACUCAGAGUUCCACUGCUGAGAGGUCAAAUCAACUGACUGUGCACCAGGGGGGGAAGUUAAGUUCAUAUCUGUCAAGACGAGUAUGAUGAGUAUUACUGAGAGAAGCAAUGGACUGCCAUGCAUACACUGACGAGAUAGAUAGGCUACUCCUGGAUUCUCUGUUGGUGCCAAUAGGAUAUGAUUCUUUGUCUUGUGUUGGCAUAGACUGCUGGUGCCAAUAGGAUUGUCUGAAAACCUGUAACUAGGAUAAAAACUUUGUGCUGUACCUCAGUUAAAGUCUCAACUUGGUAUUUUGAUUCUGUUUGU